AUGAACCCAUUAGAAUAUGCAAAUGUUCCAACAGAAGAGGCCUUCAAGAAAAAGACUCAACUGUCUAAAAAAAAUUCAACAAUUAAAGAACGAAUUCCCAGAAUAAUUCCACAACCAUCCAAUAAUCAAAUUAUUCAAAAUGCGAAUGACGCUCUCAAAAAUAAUUUGAAAUAUUUGGAUAGAGAUCUAGAGGAACGGCACUAUCAUUAUCAUGCUCGUUCGUCCAAUGAAGAAACUAAUGAUAAUAGAACAGACUUAACUAUUAAUCAACUGUUAUUAAAAGACUUCUCAAACGAUACUGAAGACAUAUCAAAGAUCAAUUUUGAAAAAACUUGUAGGUCAAGAAACUACCCUUAUAAUAAAAGUGCUGAUUUAACUACUAUACCCACUAUCAACACUAAUGAUAGGACAAAUAAUAGAGAUGAAAUUCCUAAGGUAGAGAAUAUUAAAAAAAUUACAAGAGAUGUGUCUCCACUAUACAAUGAACGGGCUCGUCAUAAUCGCCGUCAAGAAGAACAAAUAUUACCAAACAAAAAUAAACAUUUUUAUAGGACUUCAUUGGGUGAUUGGGUUUUCCAGGAGACUGUUGGAGCUGGAUCCAUGGGUAAAGUUAAAUUAGCAAAACAUAGUUAUACAGCUGAAUUGUGUGCAAUUAAAGUAGUUAACCGAGCUACUAAGAUAUUCUUAAAUAAACAACAAAGUUUACCUAACCCCAGGAACAAGGUUGAGAUUCAAGAUAGAGAGAAAAGAUUAGAAAAAGAAAUUUCAAGAGAUAAAAGAACAAUAAGAGAAGCCUCUUUAGGGCUGAUAUUAUAUCAUCCAAAUAUUUGUAAACUAUAUGAAAUGUGCACCUUGUCAAACCAUUUUUAUAUGGUAUUUGAAUAUGUUUCUGGUGGACAGCUUUUGGAUUAUAUUAUCCAACAUGGUUCUUUAAAAGAAAAUAUGGCUAAAAAGAUUGCACGUAGCAUAGCAGGAGCAUUGGAAUAUUUACAUGCAAAUAACAUAGUACAUAGAGAUUUAAAGAUAGAAAAUGUUAUGAUCUCAAAAGAUGGCGCAAUCAAAUUAAUUGAUUUUGGAUUAUCAAAUCUUUACAAUAAGUCUAAUCAUUUAAAUACUUUCUGUGGUUCUCUUUAUUUUGCAGCUCCUGAAUUAUUACGUGCUCAACCUUAUAUUGGACCAGAGAUCGAUAUUUGGUCCUUCGGUGUCAUAAUUUAUGUUCUUGUGUGCGGAAAAGUCCCAUUUGACGACGAAAAUUCAAGUGUCUUACAUGACAAAAUUAAAAGAGGUAGAGUUAAUUAUCCCUCCUUUCUAUCUAUCGAAGUUAUAUCUCUAUUAACAAGAAUGCUUGUAGUUAAUCCUUUAAAUAGAGCAACUUUAAAAGAGGUGGUUAACCAUCAUUGGAUGCUUCAUGGAUAUCAUGGAACUUUAGUAGAAUCGCAUCUAAAAUGGAGAUCUCCAUUGACUCCAUCAAAUAUCGAUAAUAAAGUACUAAAUGAAAUGUAUCAUUUGGAAUUUAUCGAUAAUAUUAUAGAGACAAAGAAGAAAAUUAUCAGCAUAAUUAAAGAUGAUAAAUAUAUUAAUCUUUCAAUUGAACAUGAAAAACUACAUUCAUUUGCAUUUUUAAAUUCAAAGUCCCCAAAAAUCAACUUAGCAUUUGAUGAUCCACUAAUAGCGUAUCAUCCAUUAUUGUCAAUCUACCAUCUUAUUUUGGAAUGGUUGCAAAGAAAUGGUAAUAUAUCUAAUAAAGAUAUAACAAUCAAUAAUCGAAUGCAUGAUUUUACAAAUAUCGAUGAUGAAAAUAUUGAAACUAAAUCUGAGCCCUUGUUAAAACAAACUACCCAAAAUAUCGAGAAUAAGGCUAAUAAAUAUCAAAAAGAUAAGUCAGAUAAUUCAGAUGACCACACAACAACUGUACCUUUAAAGUCAAAUCCUGGUGAAAAUAACAAUAAUAAAAUAACUACAGUGACUAUGAAAAACACUCGAGAAUUAGAUCGUCCAAAACAUAUUUUAAUACCACCAAAGUUGACUGCUAAGGCUAAAGGAUAUAUAUCAUCAACCAAAAAAAAUCAUUUCGACCCAUCAGAUAAUGCCAUUCCGACAGAAGACUCUACUUUGAACAAGAAUGACUUAAUUAGCAAGCAUAAAGAUACUAUAAAAGAAACACCCACUUUAAAUAAUCAGGAGAGAGGAAAAAUAAAUACUAUCUUAAGGAGAUUAUCUCUCAAAGUUACUCCUAACAGCAAAGAAGAAUGGUCAAAUAUACCCACUUCUCAAAGCAAUAUUAAUCAACAAAAACAUAAUAUGUUAAACCAUUUUACCUAUCUGAAAAAGAAUUUAGAAUCACAGAACAAACAUCAGAGAACAAUGUCUGAAAAUGAUGAUACCACCACAAAGAUUAUUCAUUUUUUAAAUAACAACGACAAUAAUCAUCUGCUUAGCAGAAAGGAAGGUGUUUUAAGUGAGGAUAAAGAAUAUCCGAAUAACAAUCAUUAUACAACAUUAGAACAAUCAAUGACAGAUAGUAAAAGAUUUCUCCCAACCUUUGAUUCCCAAACAGAUUUUGAUAUUACCUAUGCAAUUAACAAAAAUAGAAAUAGAACUUUGUCAGUAGGUCAUCCACGUCAAAAUAUGUUAAAUUUCUUGAGACCUGAUGUUACAAAUAAUGAAAAUGUUAUUCCCAACAAAGUUUCUCAUGACCCAAUCAAAAGUAACACUGUUAAGAAAUGGAAAAAUCAUCCCAAUAAUGAAAUGUUUAGCCAAGAACAAGGAGAAUUACAUGGACAUCCUUUAGUACUUUGCAAUAAUCAGAAUAUGCUUGCUAAAGAUCUUAGUGAGUCUGAGAUUAUUGAAAAUGCAAGGAAAGCAUCAUUAGGAAGUAUGCCGUCGAUAGAUUACCCACGCUCAUUAUUCCUAAGAGGAUUUUUUUCUGUCCAAACAACUUCCUCUAAGCCUUUACCUGUAGUAAGAUAUAAAAUCAUUAAGGUUUUACAAGAAACGGGUAUUGAAUUCCAAGAGGUUAAAGGUGGAUUUUCCUGUAUUUAUAUGUUAUUUUCUAAUUCAACCAAGGACGAUGGUUCAAUAGACACAAUUAAUCAUAAAAAAGACUUACUAGAUAGACAUUAUGAAAUCCACCAAAAAGGUUCCUAUAAAGAUAAUAGUUCAGCAGUAAGUAAUGAAUUUGUUGCAGCUCUUAAUGUUAAUCCUGAGAAUACAAAUAUCAACUCUACAAUAAUGCCUCAUGAUACGCAUUCAAAGGAAUCCUUUAGUUCUUCUAGUUUACCUGUUAGAUCCUACAAUGGUUCCCAUGAAUUACCUGAUAAUUCAUCUACAGUUAAGAAUUAUGAAACUAAUGGUUCAUCAUCUGUAACGUUUGAAAAUAGUUCUAAUCUAUUACAUCUUAUACCAUCUAGAGAAAACAAUGAUGUUAUAAGAAUAGCCAAAAGAGAGAAAGUAAAAUUUGAAAUACAUAUUGUUAAAGUAAAAAUUAUAAACAUCGCUGGUAUUCAUUUUAAAAAAGUCAGCGGUAAUACAUGGGUUUAUAAGGAUGUUGCUAGUAAAAUUCUUAGAAAGUUGCAAUUAUAA